AUGGAUUUAGAGAGCGAGGGAGAGGAGGAGGACGAGGCGGGACAGGAACAAGAACGAGAACAGCGAUUACAGCAGCAGAGACGACGAGUGUUCGUGGCCGUUUGCUUUGAAAUCGAGGAGGAGAGUGGUAAUAAUAAUAAUAAUAAGGAUGAUGAUGAUGAAAAUGCGAGCGAACUGGAAGAACGUCUUCUCGAUGUUACAAUUCAAUGGAAGAGAAGACGGUUGGUCGUGCACGAGUGGAGGACGGUGAGAGAUAGAAGCGGAGCUCGAUUAGAAGAAGAAGAAGAUAAACUCGUGGGUGUCGGUGGCGGAAAAGAGGGCAAGCUGUAUUUUGAUAUCCUUUUGUCGUUUUUAGGGACGUCUGGGGACGAGUCUCUUCUGUUGAGAAAGAUGUGGACCCGAGUCGUUCGUCACGAGAAAAGGCUCGACGUAUUUUUGAAAGACGACUUUGGAGGCGACGACGGGAGGAAAAGGAGGAGCAGGAACGCGAUGAUGAUUACGGCGAAGGACGCGGACGUGUUGAUGUCGGCACCGUGCCGGUUUCCGUUUUUGAAAGACGAGAGCGAGAGUUGCGACGGUAAAUACAGUUACGAUAAAAGACACGAGAGAGAGAAAAAGGACGACUUGAGAGAAAACUUCCGAGCGAACGGGUAUUUGAUUGCUGACGGUGGUACCGCUGCGAAAGGAACGAGCAGUUGUCGAGUGUCAAAAACGCUCGUUGAUUCGUUUCGAAUGAAAACGCACGAGAGAAUCGAGGUAAUUUUAAGCGCCCUGCGAGAGAAUCAUUCGCACGUUUCUGUUGGAACCGACGCGUUUGCUUAUAAAGAAAUCGGGAGUCGAGGGAAGUAUCGAUUCGACGCGUUAUUCGAUAAAGAAAAGGAGGAGGAAGAUGCACUUUUUAAGUUCGCUAAAUCAGACGCGCCGUGGGUGGAACCGGUGAAGGAUAUUUUACGGAACGCAGAAGAUAUAGACAUUAACAUAUCCAUCGUUUGGACGGAACCGAACUGUUCAGACCAAGAGUGGCAUUGCGACGGCGCGCACAGAGGCGACCAGGAAACGUACGACGAACAAACGGGCGCUUUAGUCAAAACGCACGGUCCACCGUACGCCGUGUGUGUAUUCAUGGCCCUCCUCGAUUUGGACGAUACGGUUGGAUACACAGAAUUUUGGCCAACUUCGCAUAAAAAUGCCGGUUUACUCGGGUUCGGAGCAGCCGCGCACGCUUUAGGUGGCGUGCAAUCGACCAAAAACGCUAAAGCGGGAGAUUGGGUCGUGUACGAUUAUCGAUUGAUGCACAGAGGCAUCGGAAACGAAAGUAAAGACACGCGGCGACCGAUAUUGCAGUUUAUGUAUGCCGUGGACGGGUAUAAAGAACGGAAAAAUUACGGCCAGAAGAGUGUGUUUCGUCCCGGUUGA